UUCAUAUGGUCAUUAUUCAUGGAGCCAAAACCUAAAGAGGAAGAGAGAGAGGAAUAUUAUGGCAAGUGCAAACAAAGCAACUAUUUCUCUUUUAAGUUGGACCCAUAUCUUUAAUAUGAGAAAGAAUUAUAAGUAGCUCACACCUCAACCUACCUCUAUUUCAAAGCUUACUCACCACAUUUUCUCUAAACUCGCUUUCUCUUCCCCAAUGGACAGGGAAGACUCUGUCCUUAUACACAAUAGUCUUUGUCCUCAACCAACCACUUCCUUGUCUUCCUACAUUAUUGCCUCAACCUCUUCUAAUUCAUCCUCCUCCUUAGAAGAAGAAGAAGAAGAAGAAGAAGCUACUAACACUAAAUGCAAAGAAAAGAAAAAGAAGAAAGUGGGAAUGGUGAAUAAAGUGAAUGAUAGGAAGAAUAAUCCAACGUAUAGAGGAGUAAGAAUGCGUCAAUGGGGCAAAUGGGUAUCAGAGAUUAGAGAGCCAAGAAAAAAAUCAAGAAUUUGGCUCGGAACUUUUCCAACUCCUGAUAUGGCUGCUAGAGCUCAUGAUGUGGCUGCUCUUACUAUCAAAGGCUCUUCGGCUUACCUCAAUUUUCCCGAAUUAGCUGCCGUGCUGCCACGUGCAGCUAGUGCCUCUCCUAAAGACAUCCAAGUUGCGGCUGCUAAAGCAGCCGCAACUGUUUAUAACCAUGCAAUCACCGAUCAGAUUGAGUUAGAAGCUGAAGCCGAGCCGAGCCAAGCUGUUUCUUCUUCGUCGUCGUCUUCUUCUUCUUCUUCUUCGAGUCACAAUGAAGGAUCAUCAUUGAAGGGUGAGGAUGACAUGUUUUUGAACCUACCUGAUCUCACACUUGAUUUAAGACAUAGUGGUGAUGAUGGGUUUUAUUAUUCCUCAUCAGCUUGGCUUGUAAAUGGAGCUCAACAUAUCGACUCGAGUUUUCGGCUUGAAGACCCUAUUCUAUGGGACUCUUAUCAAGUCACAUAAUUUAUCAUACAUCCAACUUCCCUUUGUAUGCUUAUGUUGGUCUUCAAUACUACUUUUUCUUUUGUUCCUUUCUCUUUUGGGUUUUUUUUUUUUCUACUUGCUAGAAUGUUGAAGUUCUACACUAUGCUUGUGGUUUGAAAACACAAAAGCAUGUGGGUGAUUUCGUGGUGGAAACUCGCGAUGAGGCUGAAGUUACAAAUUGGAGCUUCUGAUUUUUCGUGAUGAAAAGUGCAUUGGAGCGUGAGCAUGAAUUGACCAUCAAGAUAUUCCAAAUAAUAUGAUCCGUGGAAGAAUGACAUAGUUCAUGGAGUGCCACUUCACUUCAAACAAGUUUUAUGUCAAAUCAAAAUAUUUCUACGUGCACAUACAAAGACUAACCUAUUGAGAAAUCGUUCAACACUAAAAAUCUCUUUCAAUGGAGAUUGGUCUAUUCGCAAACAUAGUAAUCGAAACAUAGACCUCACAUUUAAAGAAAUCGAGCUCAUUUCACUCAUAUUAUCUCGUGGUACAUCAACUAAAGAUUUAAUUAUUGUAAUUUGUAAAUAUUAGAUCCUCUUUCUGCUCCAAAUUGUGUUUUCUCUCUCUUUCAAAUAAGGUAAUAAAUUUGCUCGUAUAUGUUUCACUUCCUCACAUUUGCUUGUAUAUGUACGGGGAAGUGUUGAAUAAAAUUCAGCUGGUUUUAUAAUUAGUGUGUGUGUGGAGUAAAAUUAAGCUAGGAUUCAUUUUAAUAAGUAUUAUUCACGUGGAAAUGCAGUUUUUAUUUAUUUA